AUGAAUAAACAAGACAUAAUUAUUGGUAAUCAAAAAGAUAUUAUGAAUAAUAUUAACGACAUUAAAAAAAAGCAUGACAAUCAUGAUAAAGAACUUGAACUAUUAACUUAUAACAAUGCUGAAACA